GCCACUUCUGUAAACUGUCUUGGACUGACCUGACUAGCACAGCAGGUAGGUCUCACUAGCACGGGGAUGAUCUGUAAUGUCCCUGUCCGGGACAGAUGAAGGUGGUCUGCAGAGGCUAUUGCACUGAGGAGAGGACUCCUCCUCCAAUAAAUUUCCUCUGACGUGGAGACGUGGAGACAUGGCUGUGUUCAAGCAGCAGAAGGUGGAAGACCUGUACAUCGUAGCCGAUGAGCUGGGAAGUGGACAGUUUGCCAUUGUAAAAAGAUGCAGAGAGAAGAAGACUGGGGUCGAUUACGCUGCCAAGUUUAUCAAGAAGAGACAAAGUCGUGCCAGUCGUAGAGGAGUGACGCGGGAGGAGAUAGAACGUGAGGUGAACAUCCUGCGGGAUGUCCAGCAUCCUAACAUCGUCACUCUGCAGGAUGUGUAUGAGAACAAGACUGAUGUGGUCCUCAUCCUAGAGCUUGUUUCUGGAGGAGAACUCUUUGAUUUCCUGGCUCAGAAAGAGUCUUUGAGUGAAGAAGAGGCUACAAGGUUCAUCAAACAGAUACUAGAAGGCGUGAACUAUCUGCACACUCUCAAAAUUGCACAUUUUGACUUAAAGCCAGAAAACAUUAUGCUGUUGGAUAAAGCAAUUGCUGUGCCCCAUAUAAAGCUCAUUGACUUUGGCCUAGCACAUAAAAUUGAAGAUGGGGUAGAAUUUAAGAAUAUUUUUGGCACACCAGAAUUUGUCGCUCCUGAAAUAGUGAAUUAUGAACCACUAGGACUGGCUGUAGAUAUGUGGAGCAUUGGUGUGAUCACAUACAUAUUGUUAAGUGGAGCAUCCCCAUUCUUGGGGGAGAACAAACAGGAGACCCUGUCCAACAUUACAGCAGUUAACUAUGAGUUUGAUGAGGAAUUCUUCAGCCAUACGAGUGAUUUGGCCAAAGACUUUAUCAGGAAGCUGCUUGUGAAGGACACAAGGAAGCGCCUUACUAUCCAGCAAGCUAUUUCACAUCCGUGGAUAACACCAAAAGAUAAGCAUCAGGUCCUGGUAAGAAAAAAGUCAAUUAUCAACCUGGAGAAUUUAAGAAAGCAAUAUAUUCGGAGGCGGUGGAAGCUUUCUUACAGUGUGGUAUCGCUUUGCAAUCAUCUGCGUCGCUCCCUUAAGAAUAAAGUUCUUGACGAAGAAAAGAUUGCACUGAGAAAUUGUGCAAGUGAUGUUGAGGAUGAAACAGAAAGGAGGCAAGUGAUUCAAACCAGAAGAAGAAGUAGCGUAUCCUGAGUGCCUUUUAUUUGGAAGUGGAGUAUAGUUCCUGAAGGUCAGCCAGUGCCCCUGCUGAUGGACUAUGCGGAAUGCUGUGCAUUCAGAUUAUACUGGCUAAUAGGUUCAGAUUUAUACUACACUUUUACAUCCCUACAGGAGACCAUGAGUCAAGGAACCAUAACUGUAUGUUCUAUGUUGCCCUAUACUCAUUAACUAUAAAGGACUUGCAUUAGCAGGAAAGUUUACAUUAGAGUGAUGGCCAUGCUCUACCAAAUGAACUGGGGACAUAGCAGUAGGUUUAUUAUAAUUGAUGGCAUCAUUUACGUUGCUAUGUUUCUAUGUAAAAAUGUGUUGUUCUUUCUUACAUCAUUUGAAUAGUUUAUAUUGCUUUAAGCUUGUAAAUACAGAAAGCCAGCAUCACCAGAUCUGUAUGUGAGUAUAUGCUGUGAAGCUUGCCUCUGGACAGGUUCAUUUUUUAAUGGCCGGUUACUGUAACUGAGUUCAUUGAGAAUUGCAUUCCAUGAGUGUACUAUUAGCAAUCAUAUGUGCUUUUUCAGAACAAGAUUUCUGUUUGUAAUAUAGCCAAUAGUACAGCUGUGUCCAGAUGGAUUUUGUCUUGCACUCAGUAGGACAGACUCCAUAUCUGUCGGAUGAACUGUUGUGUAAUAUGUGCCUUUUACGGUCUCAGUCCUUAAUGUUAGACUUCACUUUGCCUUUUGUAUACAUAAUGUUUACUUUCUGGUUUCUAGUUCAGUCAUUUUUUAGGAAUCCGAAAAUAAUAAAAAAGAAAGCUUCCAUUUAUAUUUUGAGAUCCAUUUCACCUUUAAAUAAAGUGCAAACAGCAACACAA